ACGCACAGAGCUCCUCCUUUUUAUCUGGGAAGCCGAACAAACAGCAUGCCAAGACAACGAAGGCAACGUAUUACAACUGUGACUGGCAGACCCAGGCGUAAUGCACGGCGACAAGAAGUAGCCACAGAGUUACAGAGGUUAGCGUCAGCUACUCCACAGUCCGCUGAGUAGUGCCUUAAUUCAGACCCAGCUUCUACGGUGGGAACACCUCAAACUGCGCAUACUGUUACAGCUGCCAAUUUACAAUCGGGGACUUGUAAUUCUCGUGAAUGCAGCGAUCAGCUACAAGGCAGCUCUGAUUCUAUAGUCAAUCCCACGCAACAAUUCUCGUGAAUGCAGCGAUCAGCUACAAGGCAGCUCUGAUUCUAUAGUCAAUCCCAUGCAACAUGGUUACUCAAACAUCGGAAACUCUUACACUCCCGAGACUGUCAUAUCAGUACCUAGUGACACCUUCCAGUAUGCAACGUCGACACAAUUGCCUAGUAACCAAAUGGCAUGUUCUCAGAAUUUCAAAUGUCAUGGAAACGCACCAUCUGCCGGAUAUGUUAAUACUAUCUCACAACAAACUAAUCCGGGCAAUUACACUUCCGGUCAAUAUAUAUCGUCGGAACAUUUGAUGAGUACCCAACCAGGAACAGUACCCUAUGCGACAUGGGCACAGUUGCCUAGUAAUCCAAUGACAGGUUCUCAAAGUUUCGGUUGCCAUGGAAACGCAUCAUUUGUCGGAUAUGCUAAUACGAACACGCAACAAAUUAACUCGGACAUUAACACUUUUGGUCAAUAUGUAUCAUCGGACCAUUUGACAAGUAGAUCUAUCCAAUCAGGGACAGCAUCUGGCAUGGAUCACAAUGUAAACACUAUUUCAGAUGCAAGUGUUACAUCAGCUGUGAAUGUCCAACAAACAGUGUACCCCUACCUUAGCAACUCUGGGCCCGUUAUGCAACCCACUAGCAAUGUUCCCGCACAUAGUACCCAGCAAUACAUGGCUCAACCACUGUCGGAGGCUAAUUCACAUAUGUCAGGGGCUUCGUCAGAUUUACAACAUUUAACAUUCAGAGAAGAUAUUACGUUUAACUGUGCUUUACUUACUUCUCGUAAACGUGAUUCAAUGUGAGAGCUUAAAGAGCGUAUUCCUUCGAUGACAGAUGGUAAAGACGUUUCAUAGGCCAGAUUAACAGCAGGGGAAUCGUCGUCGUUUAGAAAACAAGGCGGUGUUUUACUAGCUUGUCUUUCGAUGGAGGCACCACCUACCACUGCUACAAAUAUACCUGAAACGAAACAUGUAACUCAGAAGUGGACAAUCGUUAUAAUACUAAUGAAACAUAGGCAUAAGAGAAAAAUGGAAUUAAAUAACCAUAUAUAUUUCCUUUUUUAUACGCUAUGAUUCAAAUAUGGUUUCGCAAUGUCUUGUCUGCAAUUAUAUUCUGACUUAAAUCUUAAACAUUUAUUUUGCUUUUAAGAAAGAAGAAGACAAUUUGCAAAGCUAUAAACGAAUUGAUGUCUUAAAUUAAUUGAUCCUUUGAAAUAUUUCAUACAAACUACUAUUAAAUGCAUUCCGACUGUUUGAAAUUUUAACUUAAAACGACUUAAUUAAAGUUUAGGUGACUUUAUAUACUAGCCACAGAACUGUGUUUGACAUUAGUGGAAACGUAGGUUGAGGGUAUCUGUUGUAUCAAAUGGGUGUAUUUAUUGUUUGUAUACCACUAGAAUGUAUAGCAAAGAAAUUCACCUUCAUACUCCAGACAUGUGGGAAUAACCGUUUGUUUGGAAUGUAAACAAGGAAUGGAGUAAGUAGGCAAAAACCUCCAUAAAACACCUUUAUUCUAUCUGUAACAUCUGAUUGCUGUUUAUAUGUUUUUAAAUAUUAAUCUACAUACGGAAGUCGUGUCGGCUUAUUUUGAAUGCUAGCAGAUAAUUCCAGUCACAAUUGCAUUUCCAUGAAAGUGUGAAUAAUUGAAACAAUUAAACAAACAAAAAGGCUUGGCUGCAAUUAUUGUAACGUUAUACCCUAGUAGUUCCCAGUGCAAUAAAUUAUUGACGAAUAUAAACUAAUGUGUGAUUUCUAUAAUUUAUUGAUAGGUUUUUCUUGAUGGCGAUAAUAGUUAAGUUUUCGCGCAAACCGAUCGCAAAUAUAUGUUGUGUUUUACAACUGUUCAAGACGUAGGACUGGUUCACUGUUUCGUGGAUUACCGACAUCAAAUGCUUUUGUCGGUUGCUAUUAUAUAUCGGUCGAAUGGUUUUAUUUCAUUAAUUCUGUCAUAAGAAUUGUCAAAUGCUCUAUUACCAGACCUUUAUUUCAUAUUGACUGGUCUUCAGAACCUAGCUUGUCAGUGUUGAUGAUUGGGUGUUUGUGCACCGAUUCAAUCUCCAGUGAACAUUCUUACCUUUUAAGUUUCAUUUCUACCUGCCAGCUUUUCGCAGAUAAUUUUUCUUCACGACUGCAUUCUUUGUUUCAAGAUUUUUUUAAGUUUCUGCCUCCACUUGUCUGCUGGCUGAACAAUACCAUUAUUUCUUUUGUCAAUUUGUUUCACAGUUCUGCAUGAUUUUACUACUUUAGCUCUAGCAGUUCUAUACCUAUGCAGUAAUUACCAAGGACCGUCCCCUCUCUUUUUCUGUGUUGCUCGUCCAGUAAACCAGCGUAUUUCUUUUCAUUGUAGUGUAUGGCUUGCUGCCUUCCAAGCUUCAUACAGUUUAUGUUGAUUUAAUUGUGCAUAACUAACUCUUGUUGUUUUUAUACAAUACGUAGGUGUUACUGAAAAAUGUAGACCUGUCUACAUUGUAUAAUGUGUGUAGCGUACUGAAAUGUGGAAACAUAGAUAGUAGUUUCAAAAGUACUGUUUGUUCAUGAACAGGGAAGUGUCUUACUUUAAUACGUUUGCCUUUUCAUUACAUGAUGUAAUCAAAUAUGUACAAAUCAAAUUUUUUCCUGUAAUGAGUGAGUGAGUUGGGUUUUACGGCGAAUCGGCAGUUUCCUGUAAUGGAGGUAUAUGUAAAUGAAGGUAUAUGUAGUUUAAUUGUUUAAUGCUGGAACUGUGGUUUAUACAGAAAUGUGACGUCAACAUAAAAAUAAAAAUCUAAAUGAUAAAGCAUCACAAAUACAAUUUUAAUUCAAGACAGUAUCUAUUAUUAUUGUUAAAACUGUGUGCUAUCUCUUGGUAAACAAAGUACAAGUUUGCAAUCUAGGGUUUUUAUGAAAAAUGUAAAAGAACUCAAACUCGGCAAUUUCUUAUUUUUACAAUCCUGGUAUUAAUGAAAUAUGCUUAUUAUACUUCAUUUGUAAAGAAGAAAAGAUUUCGAUAGACAUGCUCAAAAGCAAUUACAGUAAUAUUUAAGACGUGUACAAAGAAAAAGCAGAUGAAAAGUGUAAAAAUAAGUUCCAGUAGUGUUUGAACCUACGAGAGGAAAUUCUAUAGAAUUACUAAGCUAAAUUUUAACCUCUGGGAAACGUAGGGUAGAUGAAUUAUUGAAACCUUACUACGUACAUAUAUUAUUAAUGACAUAGAGGAGUAUUUACGUAAAGAUUGAUAUUUGUGUUGGAUUUAGAGUCCAACUGUUGAGGAGGAAAACUGUAGUUGCCCCUUCAAGGAUUGGCUCAUUAAAAGGUUGGCACAUGGAUAUCAUUGUUAUACAAGAUUUAUCUAGCACACCCUGUAUGCGAAUCUCGUUCAAAUACACUCUACAUACCGAGGCAGCCACUACGGCCGCCACAUUUAUCCUAUUUAGAUACAGACACAGACCUAUCUGACCAGAAGAACAUUGUAAGGGUAAGCCCCUGAACAUUGCUGAGGGGUAGGUAAUUCGGAGCCAGCGCCCACAUUUUGUUCAAAACAUUUCCAAACUGUUUCAAUUAUUCAUGUACUAAUAAAGGAAGGCUUGGCUUCAUCAACAACGCCUAAUGUAUUUCAAUAUGACAUACUAAGUAUCACAGCAUGCUUUAUGACUUUUUCAUGCAUAAAAUAUUCAAAA